AUGGUUAAACUGAGGAAUGUCGGAAAAAAAAGUGAUAAGCUUAAAAUGGGUAGGAACUAUGGGCCCGUCAAAAAUCGCCAUACGUUCAGGGGUUCCAAUAACAGUAUGAACCCUAAUCGACCAAAUGAAACAAAGGACACCAGCAAACGUUCAAGAGCUACUAUAAAUCGUCUUCGUAUGUACAAAAGUUUCAAAGCUAUCAGGGACAAAAACGGAAAAAUCUUGAAAGCUGCCCCAUUCCAGGGAUGGUUGAAUUCUGGAACCCAAGCUAGAGUAGAGCCAAAUCGAAAGUGGUUUGGUAAUACUAAAGUUGUUGGACAAGAACAACUUCAAAAGUUCCAAGAAAAUUUGGGAAAAGUGAUCAAGGAUCCUUUCCAGGUUGUUAUGAAGCAAACCGCUCUUCCAAUCACUCUAUUACAAGAGAAAGCUAAGCAGCAACGUGUGCACAUAACCGAAACUGAAAGCUUUGAAUAUACAUUCGGUAAGAAGUCUCUAAGAAAGAAGGCUAAAAUAUCAGUCGAAAACCUUGAGGAUUUGGCUAAAACUGCUGAAGAUGCAGCUGGAGGCUAUGACGCAACAAAAGAUAGAGCUUUGGAAACUGACGGAGCUGAACUUAACCGUUUUGAAAACCAAAAUCCUUUGUUCCGUGCUGGGCAAAGUAACCGUGUUUGGGGAGAGCUGUAUAAGGUUAUCGAUUCAUCCGACGUCAUCAUACAAGUAAUAGAUGCUCGUAACCCACAAGGUACAAGAUGUCGUCAUGUUGAAGAAUUUUUACGCAAGGAAAGACCACACAAACAUUUAGUUACUGUUAUCAACAAAGUUGAUUUAGUACCCACCUGGGUCACUCGUAAAUGGAUAAGUAUUUUGUCCAAGGAAAUGCCAACCAUAGCUUUCCAUGCAUCUAUUCAGCAUUCAUUUGGAAAGGGAGCCGUUAUUAAUCUUCUGCGACAAUUCGCUAAACUCCACAAUGAUAAACAGCAGAUUAGUGUCGGCUUUAUUGGUUAUCCCAAUGUUGGAAAAUCUUCCCUUGUUAAUACGUUGAGAAAAAAGAAAGUUUGCAAAACAGCUCCAAUUGCCGGAGAAACGAAGGUUUGGCAAUAUGUGAUGCUUAUGCGAAAGAUUUACAUGAUUGAUUGUCCCGGAGUUGUCUAUCCUCAGGGAGAUACUGAGACAGACAUUAUUCUUAAAGGAGUUGUUCGAGUUGAGAAUGUUAGAGAUCCUGAGAAUCACAUUCAAGGAGUUUUGGAUAGAGUUAAAGUGGAGCAUUUGAAGAAAACAUACACCAUCUCCGAUUUUACUGAUUGGGAAGAUUUCCUUACCAAAAUUGCUAUGAGAAGUGGAAGACUCUUAAAGGGUGGUGAGCCUGACAUCAACUCCGUGGCUAAACAAGUUCUGAAUGAUUUCCAACGUGGUAAACUGCCAUACUUCUCCCCUCCUCCAGGGUGUGAAGAAAGAGCCAAAACUGAUUAUAACGAAGCUCCAAUAAACGAACUCUGUGCUGAUGAUGAUGAGCCUGUUAAUGAUGCCAACAGUGAAAAAGGAAACAGUGAUGAUGAAGAGCAAUUGGACGAGGAUGAGAAAGAAGUGCCUGAGGAACUUAAAGAAGAAGAUGAGCUAACAGAUGUUGGAUCCACUUGUUCGGGAUUAACGGAUCUGUCUGGAGUUUCUGAUUUAGAAGAAGAUUUCGAAGCUAUGCAUGAAGAUGAUACUGUACCUAUAAAGGAUACUCCAAAAGAACCUAGAAAAUCAAGACGAGGAGGAAAGAAACAUGCGAAGAAACAGAGAAAGGACGCACCAACUAUCGCAGAAGCGGCUAAAGCUAAGGGACUAUCAGGAGUUAUUGAAUUCGGAAAGAAGAACCCAAAUAAGAACAACAUGUGGCGUAAGAAGUUAGAAAAGAAAAGAAAAGUGAAACAUCAAACAUAA